UUUGAGAGUUAGAAGCCGUUGCUAAUUCCCAUUACCCAAGCUCUGGAUAAAGACCCAUCAAUCCAUAUCUUCUGUAUAAAAACCCUCAAGUUAUAUUCUAGCCUGCACUCUCAUUAUUUGUUUGUUCUAAGAAAUAAAGAACAAGAGAAUCAACUAAAGUGAGUUUCUCUCCUCAUCUUUCUGGUUCUUCUUUAGUUCUUCCGCCACUGAAAAUGGACGUUGCGCACUUCUUGUUUGGGAUAAUCGGAAAUGCCACUGCUUUAUUUCUCUUCCUUGCUCCGACAAUUACAUUUCGAAGAAUCAUAAGGAGCAAAUCGACGGAGGAGUUCUCAGGCAUCCCUUACGUCAUGACCUUACUCAACUGCCUCCUCUCCGCAUGGUAUGGUCUUCCGUUUGUAUCACCAAACAACAUCUUAGUCAGUACGAUCAACGGUACCGGUGCGGUGAUCGAGUCACUAUACGUAUUGACCUUCAUUAUCUACGCACCUAAGAAGGUGAAAGCCAAGAUCCUAGGGUUACUUGCAGUCGUGCUCACCGUCUUUGCUACGAUCGCCAUUAUUUCCAUCGUUGCCUUUCAUGGCCACACCAGGAAGAUCUUCUGUGGCCUUGCAGCCACUAUCUUCUCCAUUGUAAUGUACGCCUCGCCUCUAUCCAUCAUGAGGCUAGUGAUCAAGACGAAGAGCGUGGAGUACAUGCCUUUCUUCUUGUCGCUGUUUUGCUUCCUAUGCGGGACGUCGUGGUUCAUCUUCGGCCUUCUUGGUCGUGACCCUUUCGUUGCUGUACCAAACGGGUUCGGAUCAGGUUUGGGGGCAUUGCAGCUAAUACUGUAUCUGAUAUACCGGAAUAACAAGGGCAGAGGAGGAGGAGAAGCGGUGAAGAAAGUGUCGGAGACUACUACAGUGGAGAAGCAAUCUCAGCUUGCACCUGCGGUGGACACGCGAGCAGCUAAUCAGGACAGCCACGUUUAGAGAUAUGCAAUAUUGUGUGUGGACAGUUAUCGCCCAUGUAACCUGGCUACGUGUAUCUGCUGUCUUUUUCCCUUCACUCUUAUGGCUUACUGAAUUUUAUUCCUGUUUUUUGACACUACCAA